AUGCCUCCUGCCCCACCUCCAGCGCCACCUCAGCCACCCAUGCGCCAGUCAUCCGCCUUGAAGCCCAGCAAGAAGGUCAACGGUUCGAAUAACCAGAUGCUCUGCGAGUACUGUCACUCGAACCCACGUUUCUUCGACGGUGGCAAGCGACAUCCCUACUGCAGCAAGAAGUGCGCAGGCGAAGCCAAGAAGAACAACUGCGAGUUCUGCCACCAGCGCCCCAAGUUCAACGAUGGCAAGAAGUCCUACCGAUAUUGUGGCAAGAUUUGCGCUGCUGCCGCCGCCGUGCAGGCUGGCGCGCCGAACGAGGACAAGAUCUGCUUGAUGUGCCGCAAGGCAGAGAAGCAGCCGCGCUCGCACUUCUGCAGCAAGACAUGUGUAGAAGAGGCCGAGAAGAAGGGCCCAGCCCUUCUAGAGGUUCCGGUCGGGCAUGUUACCUUCAUCAGUGUCGCCGAGCAGUUCAAGCAGUCGUGGAGACACGCGAAGACAUGUCCGCCGGUACGGAGGGUCUACAAGAUCCUCGCCCCGCACGCCUCGUUGAGGAGCUACAACGCGCACAAAGCCGCCGUCGAAACCCGCGGCAACUUCAAGCAGCAAGGCAUGGCAGAGGGCAACGAGUGCCGGCGAUGGCAUGGCACGACGCGCGAGUGCUUGCUCGGUGACCAGGGUCACACGCAGUUCUGUGGCUCGCCGAACUGCCCACUGUGCAACAUCAUCAAGACCUCGUUCGCGUUGAGCCACUUCGGGAACAAGACCGGUUGGGGACGCUUCGGCAAGGGCAUCUACACGUCGUCGACAUCGUCCAAAUCGAACGACUACUCGUCCAACAAGACCAGGUCCCCGCUCAAGUCGAUCUUGUUGAACAAGGUCAUCGUCGGCAAGGGCUUCAAGAUGCUGCACGACGAGCCGACUCUGACUUCCCCGCCGGCGGGGUGUGACUCGGUUCUCGCGGAGAAGGGCAUGGCCUUGAACUACGACGAGCUCGUCGUCUACCGCGAAGACGCCAUUCGCCCUUCGUACCUUGUCAUGUACGAGGGGUAG